CUGGAUAAUUUAUUUCUAUCGGAUAAAAAAAAAAACCAAAAUGGCGCUACAAAUCCAUUCUUCGUGUACCUUGGCCUCGAGACCUUAUCAUCUUCAUCGUCUCUUCAGUACCAGAAACCCUAAUUUCGCAAUCAAAUCUCAAAAUCCCCAAAUCGAAACGGAGGAUCCAGCUCAACCGAAGAAUUCUUCAAGCUCUUCCGGCGUAGGAUUCGGUUCUGCGGCUAAGAAACUGAGUGCGGCGGAUACAUCAGGGAAUAAGAAAGGGAAAGGGAAGAGAGUGGUGAAUCGGCGUGCACCGGUGGAGAAACCGGUGUUUAUGAGCGAAGAAGGAGCGGCGAAAGCAGAAGAGCAGAGACAGAACGAGAACGCGUUUCUUCUUACUUGGCUUGGGCUUGGUAUCGUCAUCCUUAUCGAAGGACUCACACUAGCCGCUUCAGGCUUCCUCCCUGAAGAAUUGGAUAAGUUUUUUGUGAAGUAUGUGUAUCCAGUGUUCACUCCAUCGGUUGUAUUAUUUGUGGCUGGGACAACUGCAUAUGGAGUUCUUAAGUACAUACAGAAUGAGAAAAUGAAGGGUCAAGAGUGAUACUAUACAAAUAUUCGAGCUAGACCAUAUGAAUAGAGAGAGAGAUUGGUUUCAAAACCUGUGUGUUGCAAGUGGAGUGGAUACUCUUAAGGAUGGUUUCACUUUGGUUAUGCGAUCCAAAAAGAAGAGUUUGUGUAUUGAGAUCUGACCUUAGUCGUUAUAUAUGCAGAGAGUUGGUUAUGUAAAAUGAAAAUCAGUUUGAUGUUAUUCAGGUGCCAUUUUCAUUUUAA